AUGAGCGCGCAGCGUGCCAGAGCCGUUUCGAGUCUCUGGGCGAGCUUGCGGCCACUGGAAGCGUACUUGGCAGCAGGAGAGUAUCAGGGUGGGCCUGUGUUUCAGCGAAGACCGGCUUCGACCGGGAUCCGCGGUGGUACCUCUCACAACGCAGAGCACGCGCUGCCUGGGGGUGGCGUGCGCAGCGCCCUUCAGACGACGCCGCCGGUUGCAUCGUACACGCGCUGCUUCGGCAGCUCUGUGGAGCGUCCAGCAAUGCAGGGAGAUACCAGAACAGAGCGAGAUACAUUCGGCCCGAUCCUGGUGCCUGCAGAUAGGUACUAUGGUGCCCAGACAGCGCGUUCGCUUCGCAACUUUGAUAUCUGUCGUGACACAGAUCGCAUGCCACGCCCAAUAAUCCAUGCGUUUGGCGAACUAAAGCGUGCAGCCGCCAAGGCUAAUAUGGCGCUGGGCGUUCUCGAUUCGCGGCUGGGAGAGAUGAUCGUGCGCGCAGCGGAGGAAGUUGCGACUGGCAAGCUCGAUGAGCAUUUCCCGCUCGUUGUAUGGCAGACAGGCUCGGGUACACAGACCAAUAUGAACGUGAAUGAGGUUAUCAGUAAUAGAGCAAUUGAAAUGCUUGGUGGAGAACUUGGAUCCAAGUCCCCGGUGCAUCCGAAUGAUCACGUGAAUAUGAGCCAGAGCAGUAAUGACACGUUUCCGAGUGCUAUGCAUAUCGCUGCUGUACUCGAAAUAGAACGCAAACUGCUUCCAGGCCUGCGCGAUCUCCGAAACGCAUUGCAGAACAAGUCCACCGCUUUUGAGGACAUCAUUAAAAUCGGCCGAACGCAUCUGCAGGACGCCGUGCCCUUAACGCUGGGCCAAGAGUUCAGUGCCUAUGUGCAACAGCUCGAGUUCGGCGAGCAGCGGAUGCUGAACGCGCUGGAGCGUCUUCGAUAUCUGGCCAUCGGCGGAACCGCGGUGGGCACUGGGCUGAACUCACGACGAGGGUUUGAUGAGCUCGUCUGCCGGGAGCUAAGCGAGCACACUGGAACCGUCUUCCGGCCUGCACCCAACAAAUUCGAAGCGCUGGCUGCCCAUGAUGCCAUGGUCGAGACCAGCGGCGCGCUGAAUACACUGGCGGUGAGCCUCACGAAGAUCGCCAAUGACAUUCGCUUUCUGGGAAGCGGUCCGCGCUGUGGCCUCGGUGAACUGCAACUCCCCGAAAAUGAGCCCGGAAGCAGCAUCAUGCCGGGGAAGGUCAACCCAACGCAAUGCGAAGCCAUGACGAUGCUCUGCGCCCAGGUCAUGGGCAAUCAUGUCGCAGUGACGAUUGGCGGAAGCAAUGGGCAUUUUCAGUUGAACGUGUACAAGCCGCUCAUAGCGUAUAACGUGCUCCAUUCGACACGCUUGCUCACCGAUGGAAUGAAAUCGUUCGAGUUGCAUUGUGUGCAUGGCAUUGAGGCGAACCGCGAACGCAUUGCCUUCCUUGUGGAGCGCUCGCUGAUGCUCGUCACUGCCCUAAAUCCAGUGAUAGGCUACGACAAGGCAGCAGCGAUCGCGAAGAAAGCUCAUCGUGAAAACUUGUCUUUACGGGAAGCGGCUCUCGCUAGUGGCUACAUCACCGCGGAAGCGUUCGACCAAGCAGUAGAUCCGCGCCGCAUGCUGGCCCCCGCGGAAACGUAA